GUAUCGUUCAGGUAGAUGACUUGUCGGCAGUAACAAAGCGCCAGAAACUCGGCAAAUGUUUAGGCCUUGUGUUUGUGGUGACAAGCAUGCUAUUUUUGUAUUUUGCUUGUGUGCGCUAUUUUAAUGCUCAGUGGGCAUUACAACACGGUAACUUUCCUGCGAAUCAAGGUAUCAUUACUUGGGUGUCCUUUUGUAUAGUAUCUCUGUUCGUUGCCAUUUUUACAAUGAUGAAACUAGAAGAAACUCAAACUGUGUUUUGAUCUCUUUUUAUCUUUCGAGAUCACGUGUAAAUAAAGUCAACAUCAUCUCUUCCUUUGCCCCACAAAAAGGAUGGGCGGGAAUUUGCGCAGUCCACAACCAACGGGCUGCUUUAAAUUUCAGAAAGGGAUUCCUUUUUGUUUUUUAAAUUCUUUCAACUGUCAACUUUUGCUUUAAGAAAAAGGAACAAAUGGCAAAGCAUCAUCCCGAUCUCAUUUUCUGUCGAAAACAGCCAGGAAUUGCCAUUGGACGUCUAUGUGAACGUUGUGAUGGUCGUUGCGUCAUUUGCGAUUCAUACGUUCGUCCUGCUACAUUAGUGCGUAUUUGCGAUGAAUGCAAUUUUGGUUCAUUUCAAGGUCGAUGUGUCGUUUGUGGUGGUCCAGGAGUAGCCGAUGCUUAUUAUUGUGUAGAAUGUACUCGAUUAGAAAAAGAUCGUGAAGGUUGUCCAAAGAUCAUCAACCUUGGGUCUUCCAAGACAGAUUUGUUUUACGAACGGAAAAAAUUCGGGUUCAAAAAAAGGUAGCAGCAGCCUUUAUCAACUGCCAUUGCAAUCACUCGCUCAUUUAUUCAGUAUGUUCACGUCAUUUUUUUGCAAAGAGAUAUAUGUUUUUAAUUAAAAAGCAAUAAAAAUUGGUAAAAAGCAAAAGAUUUUAACUUAGUAAAUGUGUAUAAGAUAAAAGUAUAGUUUUUUCCCUUCAUAUUUUUCUAUAAGCGAAAAAGAAAAAAGAAAUGGGAAGUGUUAAUGUACAGCUGCACGUUUU